GUUUUGUUUCGUUAACGCUGGCUAUUGCCUUUGCAAAAAGCCUGCCCCCCGGCUAUCUCAGUGGCUCAGCUUUCCAGCCUGGAAAGCCCCAGAGUAAUACUUAUUGAGCUAAUUCUUGCAUUACGCAGCAGAGUUGGUUAGCCUGUCUUAAAAAGGAGCCGAGUUUUUGGGGCGCUGAGUGGCGUUGAUUUGCAUCCUGGUACCCAAAAGCACAAAAUACCUGGCAGCUACAGUUCCUGCCCAAGACGUGCUUUGCUCUUUGAAGUUUAAUGUCUCAAAGUAUGGGAGGCACCAUACCACCUGCUCCAGCCAAUACCUCCACGGAGGAGACAAGUAAGGGCAAAGCAGAGGAGCGCCCAGAGGAGCCGGUUAAAUCACCUGAACCAGAAAGUGAAGAGAGCGACUUAGAAAUUGAUAAUGAGGGAGUGAUUGAACCAGACAACGAUGACCAUCAAGAAAUGGGAGAUGAAAAUGUGGAGGUAACUGAAGAGAUGGCGGAUCAAGCUAAUGAAAAGAAGAUUGAAGCAAUAAAUGCUCUCAGUGAAGGGGACCUUCAGAAGGCUGUUGACUUGUUCACAGAUGCUAUCAAGCUGAAUCCUUGUUUGGCCAUCUUGUAUGCCAAGAGGGCAAGUGUUUUUGUGAAACUACAGAAGCCAAAUGCUGCCAUUAGAGAUUGUGACAGAGCCAUCAAGAUUAAUCCUGACUCUGCACAGACCUAUAAAUGGAGGGGGACAGCACAUAGACUUCUUGGUCACUGGGAGGAGGCUGCUCAUGAUCUUGCAUUAGCUUGUAAACUGGAUUAUGAUGAAGAUGCAAGUGCCAUGCUGAAGGAGGUGCAGCCAAGAGCUCAGAAAAUUGCAGAACAUCGACGAAAAUAUGAGCGGAAGCGGGAAGAAAAGGAAAUCAAGGAAAGAAUGGAAAGGGUGAAGAAGGCACGGGAGGAGCAUGAGAAAGCACAAAGGGAGGAAGAAGCAAGACGACAGGCAGGAGGAGCUCAGUUUGGUGGCUUCCCAGGUGGCUUCCCAGGUGGCUUUCCUGGGGCUGGAGGCAUGCCAGGAAUGGCAGGUAUGCCAGGACUCAAUGAGAUUCUCAGUGAUCCAGAGGUUCUUGCAGCCAUGCAGGAUCCAGAAGUUAUGGUUGCAUUCCAAGAUGUUGCCCAGAACCCAGCAAAUAUGUCCAAGUACCAGAGCAAUCCCAAGGUCAUGAAUCUCAUCAGUAAAUUGUCUGCCAAAUUUGGCAGUAAACCGUAAAAUCCCUAGUUCUUAAAAAUCAUAUCUGAAUGGCAAGGAUUGGAUUUGGCUAACCAGCGUUGCAAUAAAACAAACCAUUUUACCUCUGAUCUUCUUAAGAAGAGAAAUGGGGUGUUCUUCUAAGGAGAACUGCUCUCUCGCCCCAAGUAUUGACUUUAUUCAAUUAUUGGUUUAUAGAACUCAAAUUAUAUUCAGAUGACCUAGUUUUCAACCAUCCCUUCUUGUCCAGCAGUUGCAACCUUUCAUCACAAGUAUUACAGACAGCUUCCUCUUAAUGAACAUUCUUAUAACAAAUUGUAGUAUUCCAGGAAUGUAAGAUAAAAAAUAUGCCAUUUUUAAAAAUUGCUCUCACUGAGCAAAGGGGAAAAUACUUUAACAACUGAAGUCUGUCUUAAUCCCCUUAGGACAGAAAAAUAAAAAAGGUGGGACAAGUCUGAAGGAUUAACUGGAUAAAGGAAUUGUCUGCAAAUACAAUUUUUUUUUUUUUUAUGGAUGAUUGACUUUUUAGAGCUAUUAUCAGUAUAAUCAGGCUAGCUAGUUACACACUGGAACUUCUGGCAGUACUGCAAACACUAUAUCAUUUUGAUCACUAUAACUGUGCAGUAAAGGUUCAGUUCUACCCUUUGCACAACCUGGCAUGAAGUACAUAUUGUUGAGGCCACAGAUGUUACUUGUUCAGUUCUUGUCCAGCACCUUUACAUAACAUUUUAUUUAUCGGUCUAGGUAGGGAGAGCAGCUUCCUGUCUGUGCUUGUGCUCUUGUCCUUUCCCAGUUGGCAGGCCCUCUGCUGGUUGCAUUUACCCUUCCUUGGGGCCAUGCUUACCAGGUUGCAUCUAUUUGGAAACCUUAGGGAAGGAAUCUUGUUCCCAUCACUACCUCUGUCCCACUGAAUGCAAGCCAUCCAGAACAUGUACAUGCAGAGUUACAGAUCGGUGAAGGGGAGAGUACCCAGCAAAAUUGCAGCUCUGGGUUCUGAAUUGGUUUGGGUUCUUACAUGCUCAGUGAUUAAAAUUUCUUGGUCAAAGUCCUGCUGUCUCUGUAGAGGUGAUGACUCUUUCUUCACCACAUUCUGUAGUCUUCCGUCUUUUCUUGUAGCCUCUUGUUUAAAAAAGAAAUAAAGUAUCUUGUUGUUGUGGUUUUAUACCUCCAUGGUUUUGAGGCUUGUGGUGCGGAGGAUAAGGUGAAGUAAUUGGAACAGACAGAACAUUCUUCUAACACGUGCAUUUAUCAGCAUGGAUAUCUUUGAAGCAGUGUCUGAAGCUGAUGAUGUUCAGUGGGUUUGUCUACCAAUAAAGACAGUUGCUUCUGUUUGUCUUGGCUAAAACAUCUUUUAUGUGGAAAGAAUGACCAUAGUUACCUGUUCACCCCUUGAGUUUCAAGGCUUGUGUUAAUCUUUUGUAAUUCUGUAUCUUAAGCCAUAACUGAUGUUACCAUUUUUAAACAAAUCUGGUUUGAUGUAGGAACUCAACAGCAGUUGAAAAAAGUAAAUCCCCAAAUGCUUUUUCUCCUACUAAUGACCUGCACAGUGAAAUGUGAAUCUUUUUGCUUAAGAAAUACAGUUCUGAAUACUUCUCUCCACCUUUAAAAAUAAAGUAUGGUUUUGAAAAACAC